GUCAUUGCCUCGGAAAAUCUCCAACCUCUGGUCACUUUCUCUGCUUCUCUCUGUUGCACAACUUGGGAGUCUUUAUUUCCGAAUAGGAAUAACUUCAAGACCAUCAACAAAUUGGCGACUUGAAUGCUGACCUAUUCCUGAUUAUUUAGAGAAGGUUUAUUACUGGAGUGACAACUUACGUUCACGUGAAAGCUUCUAAAAAACGAAGGGAAGAAGUUUUCAAGAACAAAAAGGGAAAAGAGAAACCGGAGCCAGUUUGGGAUGCUACCACUAGCCGGGAUGCAGACUCGCCGCGCGCUGAGUUCCUUACUGUGCGUGAUGAGCUGCGCGUGGCUGCACUCUGGACUGGCCUCACGGCAUAAAUCUCCCGUUCUGCCCAUCCAUUCGGAGAGGGAACCUUUACCAUCCAAGGGCAUGUCAGGAUGUUCAUUCGGAGGAAGAUUCUAUUCUCUGGAGGACACUUGGCACCCUGACCUCGGGGAGCCGUUUGGAGUCAUGCACUGUGUCCAAUGUUACUGCGAGACACAAAGGGGUCGUAAGAGUAAGGUGUUGGGGAAGGUAAGCUGUAAGAACGUCAAGCGGGACUGUCCUGAGCCUAGCUGUGAUGACCCAGUACUGCUACCUGGACAAUGUUGCAAGACCUGCCCCAAAGGCGAGGUGGACAGGAAGCAGGCGGUGUUUGAUGGCUUCGAGUACUUCCAGGAGAAGGAGAAAGAGGAUGACCUGCACAAGUCCUACAAUGACCGCUCAUACCUCAGCUCUGAGGACAUUUCCUCUGGGGAGAGCCGCACUGACUUUGUAGCAGUGUUGACGGGAGUGACAGGCUCCUGGUUACCCAGCUCCAGUGGUGUGGCCCGGGCACGCUUCUCUCUCACUAGAACCAGCCUGACCUUCUCCAUCACCUACCAGAGGAUUGGGAGACCAAGCAGGGUUGCUUUCCUUGAUUCAGAUGGAAACACUGCGUUUGAGUACAAGACCCCUAAGAGAGACUCAGACAUGAUCUGCGGGGUGUGGAAGAAUCUUCCCCAAUCCCACGUGCGACAGCUUCAGGCAGAACAACUUCAAGUUACUAUGACAACAGCCACUGGUAGACGGGAGCAGAUCGAAGGAAAGAUCAUCAAACACAGAGCACUGUUCGCAGAGACGUUCAGCUCCACUCUGACCUCAGAAAAAGAGCAUUCUGGGAUGGGAGGCAUCGCCAUGCUGACUCUGAGUGACACAGAGAACAACCUUCACUUCAUCCUCAUACUGCAGGGAUUGAUACAACACAGACAGAGAGACUCCCCCCUGGUGCCCAUCCGGGUACAACUGCAGUACAGCCAACAUGUCCUGAGAGAGAUCCAUGCCAACGUCACCGCCUAUGACCCAGACUUUGCUGAGGUACUGACAGACCUGAACAGUCGGGAGCUCUUCUGGUUGUCAAGGGGCCAGCUGGUGAUCGCCGUAGAAACCGAGGGCCCGGACCCCAGACACAUCUCUGGCUUCAUCACCGGCAGGAAGUCAUGUGACACCAUCCAGAGUGUCAUGUCCAGUGGGGAUGCAUUGACAGCAGGGAAGACGGGUGGUGUGGGAUCAGCAUUCUUUCAUCUCCAUGACAACGGCACCCUGGACUACCAGGUCCAGAUAGCGGGGUUAUCCAGUGAAAUGGUGGGUCUGACCAUCGAGCUAAAGCCUCGCCGGCGCAGUAAGCGCUCCGUGCUGUAUGACCUAACUCCAGAGUUCGACAGGCCCAGCGGGCGAGCGACGGGAAGCUGGAGUCGUCUGGAGGCGCGUCACAUCCACAUGCUGCUGCAGAACGAACUGUUCAUCAACGUGGCUACAGCACACAGCCAGGAGGGGGAGCUACGCGGACAGAUCAGAGGCCUGCUCUACAGCGGUCUGGAGGCACCCAGACAUGAGAUCCCUAUCCCUCUGGCAGGCCAGUUUGUGGCCCCUCCAGUCCUGACCAGUGCUGGGGGCCAUGCCUGGGUGUCUGUGGAUGAGCGCUGUCACCUCCAUUAUGAGAUCGUGGUGGCAGGGCUCAGCAAAGCUGAUGACCUCACAGUCAGCGCCCACCUUCAUGGAUUUGCCGAAAUCGGAGAGCUUGGCGAGAGCAGCACCAAUCACAAGAGACUGCUGACAGGGUUCUAUGGUUCUCAGGCCCAGGGUGUGUUGAAGGACAUCAGUGUAGAGUUGUUGCGUCACCUGGACAGAGGGACAGCCUUCAUCCAGGUCAGCACCAAGGUCAACACCAGAGGAGAGAUACGUGGACGGGUCCAUGUGCCUAACAACUGUGAGUUUGGGACAAGGGGUGAGGUGGAGGUGGCUGAGUUUGAUGGCCUGUUUGUGCAUGAUCCUGAGGAACUAAAGAAAGAUCCCCACACCUGUUUCUUUGAGAGUCAACACCAUGCCCACGGCUCACUCUGGACCCCGAACUACAACAACUGUUUCACCUGCAGCUGUCAGAAGCGCACAGUGAUCUGUGACCCGGUCAUCUGUCCAGUCCUCACCUGUUCUCGCACCAUCCAACCUGAGGACAAGUGCUGCCCCGUGUGUCUCGAGAGGAAAGACCCCAAGAACAUGAAGACUCCAGAGAGGCUAGAUGAGCAUCCAGAAGGUUGUUACUUUGAGGGGGACCAGAAGAUGCAUGCUCCUGGGUCAACAUGGCAUCCAUUCGUCCCUCCAUUUGGCUACAUCAAGUGUGCCCUCUGCACCUGCAAGGGGGCGACAGGCGAGGUGCACUGUGAGAAGGUGACGUGUCCAGCCCUGACCUGCAGUCGUCCGGUACGCCGUAGCCCCUCAGACUGCUGUAAGGAAUGUCCGGAGGAAGACAAACCCCCCUUGGUGCACGCUGACAUGAUGCAGGCAGACGGAACGCGUCACUGCAAGUUUGGGAAGAACUUCUACCAGAACAGUGACAACUGGCACCCCCGUGUACCCCUGAUGGGAGAGAUGAAGUGCAUCACCUGCUGGUGUGACCAUGGUGUGACUAAGUGUCAGAGGAAACAGUGUCCAGUCCUGACCUGUAGUAACAUCACCCGCCGGGAGGGCAUGUGCUGUCCUGAGUGCCAAGAUUCCAAAGAGGAAGAGGAGGAGCUGAUGAAAGUUCCGGAAAAGAAGAACAGCUGGAGACACUGAGCUGAGAUCCCCUCUCCACCCGCAUCCCCCACUUCUACCAUUCCCGCACCACCCCCCCCCCCCUCUCUCUACCUACCCCCUCAUGGGCAGACCUAGACCUGCACACUGGGUCAGCUAACACCCCCUAAAAUCGAGACCCCUAUAACCCUCCAGCCCCAACCCACAACCCCCUUGUCCACUCCAACCCCUUAGUCAGCCUAAGGAUUGUAACGAAGGAAGGAAAGACAAACAGAAGAAAAGAAAGAGAAGCACUGAGGUGUCAUGGAAGGGAAUGGAAAGAAGGGAACAGAAAGAGAUCUGAAGUGGACCAACCACAGCUGCUGCAGCAGUGUCUUUUGACUGGUUCCUCCUUUGAAAUUUGCCAUUUUUGUUUUGUUUUCAGUUCUUUCGUCUCCCUGUGAUGAAUUUUGCCCGCCCUUUCAAAAAUCACUUGCAAUUACCCUUCAUAUUCGAAUACAACAAGGUUUGCUUAGUUCUUAAAAUGGAUGUGUUGAUAGUCUUUGCAUUGUUGUGUGUGUGUGUGUGUGUGUCUGCCUGCCAGUGGUAAAAAUGCUUGGUGGCUAGAUGGAAACACACAAAACAUAGUCAGCGAUGCUCAGUCUAUCUGAUAAACCAGCACCACACAUGUCCUGUCAUCCCAUCCAGUCAGCACCACACAUACGUCCUGUCAUCCCAUCCAGUCAGCACCACACACACGUCCUGUCAUCCCAUCCAGUCAGCACCACACAUACGUCCUGUCAUCCCAUCCAGUCAGCACCACACACACGUCAUCCCAUCCAGUCAGCACCACACACACGUCAUCCCAUCCAGUCAGCACCACACAUACGUCCUGUCAUCCCAUCCAGUCAGCACCACACACACGUCCUGUCAUCCCAUCCAGUCAGCACCACACAUAUGUCCUGUCAUCCCAUCCAGUCAGCACCACACACGUCCUGUCAUCCCAUCCAGUCAGCACCACACAUAUGUCCUGUCAUCCCAUCCAGUCAGCACCACACAUGUCCUGUCAUCCCAUCCAGUCAGCACCACACAUAUGUCCUGUCAUCCCAUCCAGUCAGCACCACACAUGUCCUGUCAGCACCACACACAUGUCCUGUCAUCCCAUCCAGUCAGCACCACACACAUAUGUCCUGUCAUCCCAUCCAGUCAGCACCACACAUGUCCUGUCAGCACCACAUACGUCCUGUCAUCCCAUCCAGUCAGCACCACACAUACAUCCUGUCAUCCCAUCCAGUCAGCACCACACAUACGUCCUGUCAUCCCAUCCAGUCAGCACCACACACGUCCUGUCAUCCCAUCCAGUCAGCACCACACAUAUGUCCUGUCAUCCCAUCCAGUCAGCACCACACAUAUGUCCUGUCAUCCCAUCCAGUCAGCACCACACAUAUGUCCUGUCAUCCCAUCCAGUCAGCACCACACAUGUCCUGUCAGCACCACACACAUGUCCUGUCAUCCCAUCCAGUCAGCACCACACACAUAUGUCCUGUCAUCCCAUCCAGUCAGCACCACACAUGUCCUGUCAGCACCACAUACGUCCUGUCAUCCCAUCCAGUCAGCACCACACAUACGUCCUGUCAUCCCAUCCAGUCAGCACCACACAUACGUCCUGUCAUCCCAUCCAGUCAGCACCACACACACGUCCUGUCAUCCCAUCCAGUCAGCACCACACACACGUCCUGUCAUCCCAUUCAGUCAGCACCACACACACGUCCUGUCAUCCCAUCCAGUCAGCACCACACAUGUCCUGUCAUCCCAUCCAGUCAGCACCACACAUGUCCUGUCAUCCCAUCCAGUCAGCACCACACAUACGUCCUGUCAUCCCAUCCAGUCAGCACCACAUACGUCCUGUCAUCCCAUCUAGUCAGCACCACAUACGUCCUGUCAUCCCAUCCAGUCAGCACCACAUACGUCCUGUCAUCCCAUCCAGUCAGCACCACACACACGUCCUGUCAUCCCAUCCAGUCAGCACCACACACACGUCCUGUCAUCCCAUCCAGUCAGCACCACACAUACGUCCUGUCAUCCCAUCCAGUCAGCACCACACACACGUCAUCCCAUCCAGUCAGCACCACACACACGUCCUGUCAUCCCAUCCAGUCAGCACCACACAUACGUCCUGUCAUCCCAUCCAGUCAGCACCACACAUAUGUCCUGUCAUCCCAUCCAGUCAGCACCACACACGUCCUGUCAUCCCAUCCAGUCAGCACCACACAUAUGUCCUGUCAUCCCAUCCAGUCAGCACCACACAUGUCCUGUCAUCCCAUCCAGUCAGCACCACACAUAUGUCCUGUCAUCCCAUCCAGUCAGCACCACACAUGUCCUGUCAGCACCACACACGUCCUGUCAUCCCAUCCAGUCAGCACCACACGUCCUGUCAUCCCAUCCAGUCAGCACCACACAUGUCCUGUCAGCACCACACAUACGUCCUGUCAUCCCAUCCAGUCAGCACCACACACACGUCCUGUCAUCCCAUCCAGUCAGCACCACACAUACGUCCUGUCAUCCCAUCCAGUCAGCACCACACACGUCCUGUCAUCCCAUCCAGUCAGCACCACACAUAUGUCCUGUCAUCCCAUCCAGUCAGCACCACACAUAUGUCCUGUCAUCCCAUCCAGUCAGCACCACACAUAUGUCCUGUCAUCCCAUCCAGUCAGCACCACACAUGUCCUGUCAGCACCACACACAUGUCCUGUCAUCCCAUCCAGUCAGCACCACACACAUAUGUCCUAUCAUCCCAUCCAGUCAGCACCACACAUGUCCUGUCAGCACCACAUACGUCCUGUCAUCCCAUCCAGUCAGCACCACACAUACGUCCUGUCAUCCCAUCCAGUCAG